CUUCUCCUUGUCUCUAUACAACUCUCUUCGUCAUCAAACUACAGACCUUCAAUACAACAUAGACACAGAGCUCCCUCCAAAUAUAUCUAAAAAAUUAAUUAUAAAUUGUAAAAAAGGAAAUAAUUUCCUCCUCUUUACUCCAUAUUUUUUCUCAAAAUUCUUAUUUGUCAUAGUUAUUUGUGAAAUUGUUCAGACCUAUUUUUUUGUGGAUCCCUUUUCUCGGUUUUACCUCAGUUUCACUCAACUUGCAGAAUACCUUACCGUUUUGUUGACAGACAAACUCCAUUGCUGUUAAAAUUCAAAAUUUCGGACUCUGGAAAUUCAAAUUGUCGCUGGGACUUUUACUUGAGCUUUUUUCUUGCAAAUGUGAAACUCUUAUGGCCUAUGGUCGGUCAGGGUUUUGGCAGAACCUCGUGGCCAAAUUUCGGGUUUUUGGCGAUUGCCCUUUUAGUUAACAACCUUAAAGCCUUUAGAAAGGAUACAUGGCUCUUCAGAAAUACGUCCCAGGUGGUGAUGCGCCUUUGGUGAUUAAGAAGUCAUUGAGUUUUUCCAGCAAAGCAAAUGUAAAAGCUCAAUCUGGAGAUUCACAAACACGAACAACAGAAGCUGAUGUAGAUGUUGACUUCAGGGAGAUCUAUUUUUUGAUCAUGCAUUUUCUAUCAGCUGGACCUUGUCAGAGGACUUGUGGGCAGCUCUGGAAUGAACUUCUGGAGCACCAACUUUUACCUAGAAGAUAUCAUGCAUGGUAUUCUAGGAAUGGAGCGCAUAGUGGAGAUGCAGAUGAUGAUGGAUUGUCUUUCCCUUUGAGUUAUAUUAAGUUGGUGGAGAGGUACCCCCACGUUGAAAAGGACCAUUUGGUUAAGCUUUUGAAGCAACUAAUCCUCAAUGCCGCAUCUCCUGCUCAUGGGGUGGUUGACAGAAAUGCUAUAAACGCAGCUGCUGUCCCUACUCUCUUGGGAACCAGUUGCUUUUCACUUCUGAGCAGUGAACAAAAUAAGGCAAAUGAUGAAGUAAAUCAUCCCCCAAGUUACAUGCGUUGGCCUCACAUGUUGGCUGAUCAAUUUCAUGGACUAAGUCUAAGGGAAAUUGGUGGUGGUUUUUCCAGACACCACCGUGCACCCUCUAUUCGUGCAGCUUGUUAUGCGAUUGCAAAACCAUCCACCAUGGUGCAGAAGAUGCAAAAUAUUAAAAGAGUUAGAGGACACCGUUAUGCUGUUUAUUGCGCCAUUUUUGACCGGUCUGGGAGAUUUGUCAUUACUGGCUCAGAUGAUCGACUUGUUAAAAUUUGGUCAAUGGAAACUGCAUAUUGCUUGGCCAGCUGCCGAGGACAUGAAGGUGACAUCACUGACCUCGCUGUGAACUUCAACAACACUGUGAUAGCUUCUGCGUCAAAUGAUUGCAUCAUACGUGUUUGGAGGUUGAAUGAUGGCUGUCCAAUAUCAGUUUUGAGAGGUCAUACCGGAGCUGUUACUGCUAUUGCCUUUAGUCCAAGACCAGGCGCCUUCUUUCAGCUUUUAUCGUCCUCUGAUGAUGGAACGUGUCGUAUUUGGGAUGCUAGAUGCCCAAACCCCAAAAGUACUCGUGUAUAUGUGCCAAAACCUUCAGAUCCUGCUCCUGGAAAGAACAAUGGUCCUUCAUCAAGCAGUGCCCAACAAAGCCAUCAGAUCUUCUGUUGUGCUUUCAACUCUAGUGGAACUGUUUUUGUUACUGGAAGCUCAGACACUCUUGCAAGGGUUUGGAAUGCUUGCAAGGGCAAUGCAGAGGAGUCAGGACUACCUAAUCAUGAGAUGGAUGUUUUAGCUGGACAUGAGAAUGAUGUAAACUAUGUCCAAUUUAGUGGCUGUGCUGUGACAUCUAGAUUUUCAGUCUCUGAUACUUCAAAAGAAGAAAACAUCCCAAAAUUCAAAAAUGCAUGGUAUAACCAGGACAACAUCGUCACCUGCUCUCGCGAUGGCAGUGCUAUCAUAUGGAUUCCAAGAUCUCGUAGAUCACAUGGUAAAAUUGGCCGAUGGACACGGGCAUAUCAUCUUAAAGUUCCGCCACCACCUAUGCCACCUCAACCACCGAGAGGAGGUCCUCGUCAAAGAGUUCUUCCAACUCCUCGUGGUGUUAAUAUGAUAGUCUGGAGUUUGGACAAUCGGUUUGUCCUCGCUGCUAUCAUGGAUUGCAGAAUAUGUGUCUGGAAUGCUGCUGACGGUAGCUUAGUACAUUCUUUGACAGGCCACACUGAAUCAACUUAUGUUUUAGAUGUUCAUCCUUUUAACCCUCGAAUAGCAAUGAGUGCGGGAUAUGAUGGGAAAACGAUUGUCUGGGAUAUAUGGGAAGGCACACCUGUUCGUACUUAUGAAAUUGGACGCUUUAAGCUGGUUGAUGGAAAAUUUUCUCCGGAUGGAACAUCAAUUAUUCUCUCUGAUGAUGUUGGCCAACUGUAUAUACUUAGCACUGGGCAGGGAGAAUCCCAAAUGGAUGCCAAAUAUGAUCAGUUCUUCUUAGGGGACUAUCGACCACUUAUUCAAGAUACACACGGAAAUGUUCUUGACCAGGAAACUCAGCUUUUACCUUACCGAAGGAAUAUGCAAGACCUUCUUUGUGAUUCAGCCUUGCUUCCGUAUCCUGAGCCUUAUCAGAGCAUGUACCAACAACGGCGGCAUGGAAUCUUGGGCAUUGAAUGGCGCCCUUCUUCUGUAAAAUUUGCUGUUGGAGCUGAUAUCAGCCUGGACCAAGAUUACCAAAUGCUUCCCAUAGCAGACUUGGACGUUUUGAUUGAUCCGCUUCCAGAGUUUCUGGAUGUUAGGGAUUGGGAACCAGAAAUUGAGAUACAAAGUGAUGAUACUGAUUCAGAGUAUCAUAUAACUGAGGAAAUCUCUUCUGGAGGGGAACAAGGAAGCUUAAUUUCUGUUUCUUCUGGUGACCUAGAGAGUAGUGGAGAUGACAGUGAGGCUGAGGAUUCCCAUAAGGAUGGCCUUCGAAGGUCAAAAAGGAAAAAACAGAAGGCCGAAAUUGAGGUCACUACAUCUUCUGGAAGGCGUGUUAAGAGGAAGAAUCUGGAUGAAUAUGGUGAUAGUUCCCUUGUAAUUAGUCGUAGUAGAAAAUCAAAACUUGGUCGUAAAGUCUCAAGGAAAAGGUCAUCGUUAUCUAAGUCUUUACGACCUCAGAGAGCUGCUGCCAGGAAUGCUCUUCAUUUAUUCUCCCGAAUUACAGGAACAUCAACAGAUUUAGAAGAAGAAUAUACCACCGAAGGUGAUUCAUCAGGAAUUGAAACCAUACUUGAUGAUUCAAGCAUUGUCAGUGAAGACUCGGAUUUAUCUUUGCAAAAUGAAGGAGGAGAGAACUUGAAAGGAAAACAAAUUUCUGUCGAUCAGUCUGAGGAUUUGGAUAAACGUGAUCUCCGGUCAAAGCUUAAUCUAGAUGCUGGAGCUAAGAGAAGAUUAGUGUUAAAAUUGCCAAACCGUGAUGCAAGUAAAUUUUUAACUCCAAAAUAUGGUGUCCCUGAAUCUGAAAGCCAGCGUGUUUGUGCAGGCCCAUCAUCUACAGCUCCUACACCUGCAGAUGAGGGGAAAAGUUUUACACACGAUCACAAGUACUCUGUUAGUGAUGGACAUGGCAGUGAAAUGGAUAAAAGCCAUACAGGCCAACCUGCAAAGAUUCAACAUUGUUUAGACUUGCUUGAAGGGUGCAAAGAAAGCAAUAUUGGUUGGGGAGGGGUAAAGACUCGCACUUCUAAACGUUCAAGGGUGGGUGAAUCAAUGUCUUCAGUUGCACAUGCUGGAUCUAUUCCAUUUCUUGAUGGACACGACAAGACAGAAAAUGCUUCAUCUGCUUCUGCCUUCCAAAGCGGAGGUAAGACUGAUGAAAUGAUUGAAAUAAACAAGGAUGAAGUUAGUGCCAGCAUUCUUAAUAAUUCUGAAGCUAGGAAUAUCGAUUCAAAUUCAUGUUUGAUUGACUCAAAGGACAUUGAAAAAUCAUCAUCUAAGCAGGUGAUUGAUGGUAGAACUGGACUUUCCAUUCAACUUACUAAUGGGAAAGAUGACAGUUUUAAAUUGCUAGAGAAACCUGUCACAAUGCCAACAAAGCUGCGCAUUAAGUCAAGAAUCUUUAUUAGUGAUCAUGAAAGCUCUGGAAAGAUAGAGGGUCAAUCAUCAUUUGAGGGUUCUGGGCACAAUUCCUGUUGCAUGUCUGAAAGUUCAGACAUUAGGAAGAACUCAAGUUGUGGCCCUCUUGUCAAUGAAGAGACCAGACUACCUAAUUCAGAAAAUGGAAUCCAUGAUCAGGUUGGUAGGUCUUCCAAUUCUGUGUUGCUGGACUUGCAUCAGUUGCCUCCUCAAAAUAGGAUUUUCAGUGCUGUUUAUCGAAGGUCAAAGUCUCUGAGGGGUAGAAGUAAUCAAGAACAUGACAACGGAAAUGGAGCCAGUACUUCAGCUGGAGAAGAUCAUAAUUUACAUGAUGAAAAUGAAGCACUGACUGAAGGUGUCAGGAGGCCAAGGUCCAUUAGAUUGAGGUCAUCAGCUGCAGAUGAUCUUAGCACAGAUGACGGAAAUCUUUUGCAAAUUGAAGGGGUAAGAAAGGCAAGGUCCAUCAGAUUGAGGUCAACUGCUCGUGAUUCAAACUUUUCAGGCAGCAAGAGUAAAAUUAAGGAAGCCCAUGGUGCUUCAUCAAAUACUCCACCUUUUGCAGAAAAUUCUUCAGUGAAUCGAGAUGAUAACUCUUAUGAAGAACAAGGAAUGGGUGCAAAGGUUCCUGUUAUGGGAUUAAGACCGACCAGAAACAGAAGAAGUAGUUAUUAUGAUCGUGAAGCUAGUCCACCAGAUAAAAGGAAACCAAUUCAAUCAACAAGAAGUUCAUGGUUAUUAUUGUCAACACAUGAGGAGGGCUUCCGGUAUAUUCCCCAGCAAGGGGAUGAUGUUGUGUAUUUGAGACAGGGGCACCAAGAGUACAUAGCUUACAGCCAUUUAAAGGAUUUGGGCCCUUGGAGUACACUCAAAGGCCACAUCAGAGCUGUGGAGUUUUGCAAGGUUGAAGAGCUCGAGUACUCAACAAUUGGUGGUUCUGGCGAGAGCUGCUGUAAAAUAUUACUUAAAUUUGUAGAUCUGGAAUCUAGUGUAGUUGGUAAAUCGUUUAGACUGGUUUUGCCUGAAGUGACUAGCUUCCCUGACUUUCUUGUUGAGAGAAGUCGAUAUGAUGCUGCCAUUUCGAGAAAGUGGACUUCUCGGGAUAAAUGCCAAGUUUGGUGGAAAAAUGAGGGUGAGGAAGAUGGUAGUUGGUGGGAAGGCCGGAUUUUGGCUGUAAAACCUAAAUCUCCUGACUUUCCAGACAGUCCAUGGGAAAGUUAUGUGGUUCAGUACAAAAGUGAUCCCAGGGAAACACAUCAACAUAGUCCUUGGGAGCUGUAUGAUGCUGAUACACAUUGGGAGCAGCCUCAUAUUGAUGUAGAUAUUAGAGACAAGCUGCUCACUGCUUUUGCCAAGCUGGAGCGAUCUGUGAUUAAGAAUCGGGACUACUAUGGGGUGCAAAAAUUGAGAGAAGUUUCUCAAAAAGCCAGUUUUAUUAACAGGUUCCCAGUUCCGUUGUCUCUUGAAGUGAUCCAGAGUAGAUUAGAGAACAACUAUUAUAGAAGUUUAGAUGCAAUGAAGCAUGAUGUUAAAGUACUGCUGUCAAAUGCCGAGUCCUAUUUCGGAAGAAAUGCUGAUGGUUUAGCAAAAGUUAGACGUUUGUCUGACUGGUUCACACGGAUACUGUGCUGAUUGUAGUUUUUGGGGACACAAUUUUGUAGAAAAUUCAUCUGACAUUAGGCUUUUAGGCCAAGCUGGUCAUCUUGUAUAUAUACAUUCCUCUUUCAGUUUAUGAUUUGCUCUCCCUCAUUUCGUUGGCUAGGAUAGGGCAACUCCAGCUAAAGAGAAAAUUGGUUUGCCUUUAUAUGGUUGAUUGUUUAGGGGAAACUAAUUUAGGAAUCUAUAAUUUGCUGGUUGUUGGAAUGCUUCUUCCAACGAAUGCAUUUUUGUAUGUUUUUGACAUUGAGAAUUGGCAUCAAUUGGUACAAUAUUUUUAACGUUUCUCUA